AUGAAACUAGCCAAGACAGCUUCCAAGCUCCCUGAAGUUAACGAUGAAACUAGCGAAGACAACUCUCAUCAAAUCCCUUAUGCGACGACUCCUCAAACUUAUGAAGACAAUUCUACAUCUUCUACACCCAAUCUAGUGUCUCAAGCCCAUACUGAUGCUGAUGCCAAACUUGAUGAGCUCACAAAGGAUGAACAAAAGAAUGGAGGAGGAGAAGAAAAAGAAGAGGGUGCUACUGAGAUGAGGACGAAGAGGAAGAAUGACGAUGUGCAACUUGAUACUGAGAUGAGGACGAAGAGGAAGAAUGAUGAGGUGAUGAACAAGAUUAAGAAUUUUGAGGUGAUGAAUAAGAGGAAGCAGGAUGAAGUUGAUACGAUGAAGAGAAAGAAUGAUGAGGUGAUGAAGAAGAGGAAGCAUGAUCAAGUUGAUGAGAUGAAGAGAAAGAAUGAUGAGGUGAUGAAGAAGAGGAAGAAGGAUGAUGAGAUUAAGAGAAAGAUGAAUGAGAGGAAGGAGAGGGUAUCGAAUUUGGCAAAGAAGAGGAAGGCUGAUGAGGAGAAGAGGAAGGCGAAUGAGUUGGCCAUUAAAAGGAAGGCGAAUGAGUUGGCCAAGAAGAGGAAGUUGCCAAAGAAGAGGAAGGAGAAGAACAAUGAUUCGCGCCCCACGCCAAAAGCCUCUCGCAAAUUGAGUUUUGAUCGCCCAGAGGAUAAGAAUGAUGAUGUGCAUGACAAGGAUCCAGAGGAGAAGAAUGAUGAUGUGCAUGACAAGGAUCGCCCAGAUGUGGAGGAGGAGAAGAAUAAGGAGAAGGAGGUGGGGGUGGAGGAGAAGAAUGAUAAUGUGCCGGACGAGGAUUCGCUCCCUACACCCCAAUCCUCUCCCAAAUUGAAGGAUGUGGAUGAGGAUAAGAAUAAAGAGAAGGAGGUGCUGGAGGAGGAGAACAAAGAGGUUGAGGUGGAAGUUGAGAAGAAUAAGGAGAAGGAGGUGCUGGAGGAGGAGAACAAAGAGGUGGAGGUGGAAGCUGAGAAGAAUAAGGAGAAGGAGGUGCUGGAGGAGGAGAACAAAGAGGUGGAGGUGAAAGCUGAGAAGAAUAAGGAGAAGGAGGAGGAGACUAAGAAUGACAAGGAGAAGAAAGAGGAGGUGAAGGAGGAGACUAAGAAUGACAAGGACGAGGAUAAGGAGAUUGUGAAGGAGGUGAUUGUGGAGAUUGAGGAGGAGAAGAAGAAUAAGGAGAAGGAGGUGAUUGUGGAGACUAAGGAGGAGAAAAAGAAGAAGGAGAAGAAUAAGGAGAAGGAGGUGAAUGAUGUGAAAGAAUUGACUCCAUCACAAUUUGUUGGUAAAAGUUUUCGGAGAAAGAAGGUGAAAUCGAAACAAUUGGGGGACUACACCGACCCUGGUGGGAAAGGGUUUAAACUAAAUGAUCCGGUUAAGGUUAAUCCGCUGUUACGAAUUGACAAGGAAAAGAUGAAGACUUUGAAGAAAUGGUUAAAGAGUGAUGGAAAGGAUUUCAAGGAUUUGACGGUUUGCGAUGGAGAUCGUUCUUUAUUCAACAGAUUGCUCAAGCCUCAAGAUUGGUUACACGAUAAGAAUAUGUUCCCAAAGGAUGAAUAUGACGACUUCAUGAAACCGAUGUGUGUAAUGAUGCCGUACUUGCUUGAAUAG